AUGUCCGCCCUUUGUCUGAAACGAAAGAAUGGUGCUAAUGCGCUCGCGGAAGGAUUCCUCUUCGGAGUGGCAUCAUUGCUGAUCAUAGGGGAAACGUGGCGCUCGUCGCGCAAUCAGUCAAAACGAAGAGAUAGCGUAGAUGACCAGUUGGAGGAGUUACAGACCAAAUUACAACAGCUUACGGACAAGACAAUGUCGCUGCAAGAAAUGUUUGAGGAACGUUGGUCGGAGGAGAAGCAACGCAAUGACGAGCUUAGUCGAAUAUUGGAACGCGUUGUUGAAAUUGGACUCAGGGGCGGCUGGGCCGAAUUUGAGGACACUCCAUUGGCACUUCCCCGCAUACGUCUUUCGCCUACACGCUCUUCUGAAGAGCCGACAUCUUCGCCCAAUGCCAUGGACAACGCGACUACCGACCCUCUUGGUACUAGUUCUGACCCACCAUCUUCUUCGAAUCCAGGAGCUAGACUACGAUGA